CUCCUGCAAGAAAAAAAGACAAAGAAAGAUACACUUGAGAAGUCAAAGUGUGCAACGAAGAAAGAACAACGCAGCCAUCAGUAAGAAAGAAAAAGAGGAAAAAAGAUAGAAGUAGAAGAAGGUGAAAGUAAGAGAGAGACGGACAGAGGGUGGGUGGUGGGGGGCUCUCGGUUUAAGAGAGAGGGAGAGAGAGGAGGUCGAAGGGAGUCGAGCGAGGAGAAUGACGGAUAGCCAGCAGCAGUUUUGCUUGCGUUGGAACAACUUUCAAGCUAAUAUCACCAGCCAAUUCGAGGCCCUCAGGGAUGACGAGGACUUCGUUGAUGUCACCUUAGCCUGCGAUGGUAGGCGUCUCCAGGCGCACAAGGUUGUCCUCUCCGCGUGCAGCCCUUACUUCAAGGAGUUGUUCAAGACAAAUCCAUGCAAGCAUCCGAUAAUAUUUAUGCGUGAUGUGGAAUUUGAACAUCUACAGUCACUUUUGGAAUUCAUGUAUGCUGGAGAGGUUAACAUAUCUCAAGCAGAAUUACCUACAUUUUUAAGAACUGCUGAGUCUUUGCAAAUCCGUGGCCUCACUGACUCUCAAAAUAAUCAGCACAACAACGAAAAGCAUUUGAAGACAAACAAUAUACAUGCAUCAAAUGGUCGUGGGUUGAUCUCACCAAAUUUAGAGGAGGAGCGUAGUAAAACUCCACCAACCUCAAGUCCUCCACCACUAAAAAGGCUGUGCAAACGAAGUGAUUCGCCUCAAAUAUCUAGUCCAGUACCAGCUGCGGCGGCCUGUGCAUCUGGAACACCACGCACACGGCCAUUAAUUGAGCCACAGGUUCAACUUGACUGUUAUAAAGAUCUCGAUAUUGUUGAGCCAAAAAUAGAAUUACCAGAAUAUGGAAGCGAUGAUGAUUGUUCUCCAAAGCAGGAAGUCAACACACUGCCAAGUGGCUUUCUUAGCCUUGAUGGUGGCAUGGAAGUUUUGCCAUCUUAUCCACCUUCUUAUCAAGGUGGAGGAGCAGGAGGAGGAGGAGGAGGAGGUGGAGGAGGGGGUGGUGGAUCAUUAGAAGGUGGGAUGCCAGGACCAUCUCAUGCUGGAAACACGGAGUUAAAUCAAGAACAGCAAGGUCGAAGGGUACGCCGCGGCAGGCCGCGGCUCGGAACGAGAGGUGGAAAGCAUGGAUCCCCGUCCGUGCAAGGUAAUUCGCCAUCGAGGAGCGAAUGGUUACCCUUGGACAUGAGAACUACUCCUCCUGCUGCGAUGCCUGCUUUCCGUGGUUUCGAGGAAUCCUCCUCCGAUGGCGUGGUGCAUCUAGGGGAGGGAAUAGCAAUUUGCGAGGAACAACUAAGGGCUGUGAAAUGGAGCGAUUACAGGAAAUUGACACGUGGCCUGGCUGCAAUUUUGUUUAGCCCUACCGAGUUGGCCACUUGCUCGGUAACGGGGCAACGAUGGAGUCGAGCUGGGACUGCCACUGAGAGACCGGUGAAACCUGCCUUGGAUAAGGCCAAAGUCCAGGCUAUCAUAUCUUACGUGACAUCGAGAUUUCCUACAGUCGAUGUGAGCAGUGUGAAGCAAGUGUUGGCUUACAAAUGCAAGGAGAACUCGACAGCGCUCAAGAUGAAAUCUAUUAGAUACAUUUGUGAGAGACAGGAAACGGAAAGAUCACCAAGAGCGAAUCCCGAGGAUAAGUGAGAGGUGAUAGGGGCGCGUUGAACGAGCGGCCAUAUCCGACAACUUCUCAACCGUUCGAUCCAACUUCGAGCUCUUUUUUGCGAUUUGCCACUGCUAAUCUUCUUGCUUCGUCCUCUCUCGGCUUCGUCGAACCUUCGUCGAAUCAUUAUUCCCAUUCGAUUGGCUCAAUUACCCCUCCCCUCUCCCCUCUCCCCUCCCUCAAUUUAAUCUUUAAUUCGAUCGUUUGACGCGGCAACAACGCAACUCCUCCGUUCAGUCGGAUCAGAACGUUAUUUAUUCUCCGUUCUGUAUAUCCGUAUAGAAGCUUAAAAAAAAGUUAAAAAAAAAGAGAGAGAGAGAGAGAAAAAAAAAACCAAGAAAUUUCAAGGGAUCAAUGGAUAAAAAUUACUUCCGAGAGAUGAAUUCUGGCCCAGGGCCGGAAUUACUUUCGAGGUUGUUGAAACAGUUUAUAUAAGAUGAAUUCGGUUAUACGAUACUUGGAAAAAAAAAAUUUCAAACGAGUAUAGUCGAGUAAUUUAGGGGAAAAAUUUUAGAUAUCUUCGAGGAAUUGAGAAAGAACGUCUCUUAUACACGUUAUUUUUUCUAGCAACGUGAUUUUUGAAAUUCCCGUCAUUUUCCAGACAUUCGAAUCGUGUUAAGAUUAAUCGAUCGUUAUCCGUAAGAAUCGAUUGAAAAAGAAAGGAGAAGGAAAGGAAAGAGGAAAGAAUCGAAAAUUUUUCUAAAUUCGAAACGAAAAAAAGAGACGGAAAAAUUAAAAGUGUCCAGCUAUCCUCGUUAUAAAAUAACCGAGCCUUACAUUUAUCGAUUAAAACGAUUUCCAUUUUUUCCACGUGCGCGCGUAUUAAGAAACGACGAGUCGUCGAAUAACACGGAUGUAAAAUGUAAAUAAUUAAAUAACACAAAUAAUAAUUUUCGAAAGGAGGAAUGGACGCGGCCUAUUUGGUUAGAAAAAAAUCAUCUUCGAGAUAAGAAUUAAGCAAAAAAGGAAAAAAAUAUAUAUAUAUAUUUAAUAUAUAUAUAUAUACGUAAAUGAAAGAAAUAUGUCAAUCUAAACGAAUGGAAAGAAUCGUAAUCAAGUACGCGACUUGCAUAGGAAAAAUAAUUAGAAGGGAGAAGAAGAAGGAAGAUUUCGUUGGUAAAAAAAGAAAAAAAAGAAAAGAAAAAAAAAAAAAGAAAAAAAACCGUACACCGUUUGUUAUUAACGAAAGAUAGUUUUGUUUAUAAAUUUUUUGCAAGCGAUUUAUUACAAUGCUUGCAAAAAAUCCCCUUAGGAAGGCAUUAAAUCGAUUAUAGAACGGAUGAAGGUACGAUUCGAAUCGAUGCCUGUAUAAAUUCUUAGUUAACUUUCUUUCUAGAACGAAUGAAAAAUUUAUAUUUUUCUUUCUAAUUAGAUAUUAAACGUAACAGGAAGAGGAAAAAUUAAUUGCUAAACGCGUAUCUCGAUGAGAGAUCGAGAGAAACGUACGAUUCGUCGUCGUCGUCGUUUCGCACGAUACAAAUAUAUCUAUAUUUUCAUUACGUUUUAUCGCUUUACAUUUUUACCGACGUAAACACAGCGGGAAACUUAAUUACCGACCGUUUUUUUAUCCGACCAACAUUUUUACUUUCACUUCAACCAACUCUUUUUCUUUUUAUAUCGCUUUCGUUUUCUCUCCUCAAAUUUGAAAAAAAAAAAAAGUUACAACGUUUUAGCAAAUUGUAAUCUUUUCCUUCUUCCGUACGUUAUGGAUAAACGUACCAAGGAUAACGAAGAGAAGAAUACUUUUUUCGUUCAGAUUUUAUUACAAUUUUCCAACUGUGUAAUUGAAUAGUAAAAAAAAAGAUAAGAUAAGGAAUGAGAGGGAGAGUGAGAGAGAGAGAGAGAAAGAAAGAAAGAAAGAAAGAAAGAAAGAACUACCCGGGAUAUAAGGGUAGUAAUUUUUCGUACAUAGAGGAAAGCGCCUAAUGUUUAAACGAGUAAAAA